AUGCAGAACAAUCCCGAAUCCUCCCCGCCAUCCAUGUCCUUCACAAACACGCCCCUCUACGGCGGUGCCAUAACCCUCGACAUCCCCUCGACCUUUGCCGACGCCUCCCAAAUCCGCCAAAUCCCCGACCACCAAGAAGUCUACCUCGACGCCGCGGGCUACGCCAGCAUCGUCGUCGAGAUCCUCGAGUAUGUAGAGCAAGGGAGUGACGAGGCGGCACUGCAGUUUCAUUUUGGAGAGGUGGUGGAGGGGACGGGGGAUGCGACUACGGUUUUGGAGCAGAGGGUCGAGGGGAUGAGGGGGAUGCCGUGA